AGGCAGGAUCACAGAAGCAGAGGCCAAGCUGUCCUCCCACCUCAACAUUGUGGGCAUGGUGGGCUCCAUUGACAAUGACUUCUGUGGCACCGAUAUGACUAUUGGCACUGACUCCGCCCUGCACCGCAUCAUAGAGGUGGUGGACGCCAUCACUACCACAGCCCAGAGUCAUCAGAGGACCUUCAUCUUGGAAGUGAUGGGAAGGCACUGUGGGUAUCUGGCUCUGGUCACUGCCCUGGCCUGUGGAGCCGACUGGGUCUUCAUCCCGGAGAUGCCCCCGGAGGAGAACUGGGAGGACCAUCUGUGCAGGAGACUGGCUGAGACUCGAGGCAGAGGCUCCCGUCUGAAUGUGAUCAUUGUGGCGGAGGGGGCUAUCGACAGACAUGGCAAAUCCAUCACCUCCAACACAGUCAAGGAUCUGGUGACAAAGAGGCUGGGUUAUGAUACUCGUGCCACAGUCCUUGGACACGUGCAGAGAGGCGGGACACCAUCUGCCUUUGACAGGAUUCUGGGAAGCAGGAUGGGAGUGGAGGCUGUAAUGGCCCUUCUGGAGGCUACCCCAGACACGCCGGCCUGUGUGGUCAGCCUGUCCGGAAACAUGGCCAUCAGGGUGCCACUGAUGGAGUGUGUGCAAGUGACAAAAGAGGUCACUAAAGCCAUGGAAGAGGGGAGAUUUGAUGAUGCUGUCAAACUCAGGGGCAAGAGUUUUGAGAACAAUUGGAAUACAUACAGGCUAUUGGCUCAUGUGCACCCCCCAGAGGCAAAGAGUAAUAUCAAUAUUGCCAUCUUGAACAUUGGUGCCCCCUGUGCUGGAAUGAAUGCUGCAGUUCGUGCAGCCGUCAGGAUUGGCAUCACCCAAGGUCACCAUAUGCUGGCAGUGCAUGACGGAUUCGAGGGGCUGGCUCAUGGACUGAUUGAACCCAUCACGUGGGCUGAUGUUGGUGGUUGGACUGGGAAGGGUGGAUCCCAGCUGGGCACCAAGAGAACACUUCCAUCAAGUAUCAUUGAGGAGAUCAGCCUCAACAUUGCCAAGUUUAACAUCCAUGGUCUGGUCAUUAUUGGGGGCUUUGAGGCUUUUGUGGGCGGCCUGGAGCUGGUGACGGCGAGGGAGAAGUAUGAGGAGCUGUGCAUCCCUCUGGUGGUGAUCCCUGCCACCGUGUCCAACAAUGUGCCUGGUUCAGACUUCAGCAUCGGUGCAGACACAGCCCUGAACACCAUCACCACGACAUGUGACAGGAUCAAGCAGUCGGCCGCCGGUACGAAAAGGCGCGUGUUCAUCAUCGAGACGAUGGGCGGUUACUGCGGCUACCUGGCCACCCUGGCCGGGCUGGCGGCUGGCGCUGACGCCGCCUACAUCUACGAGGAGCGCUUCAACAUCCACGACCUUGAGGUGAACGUGGAGCAUCUGGUGGAGAAAAUGAAAACGACCGUGAAGAGAGGCUUGAUUCUCAGGAAUGAAAGGUGCAAUGAAAAUUACACCACUGACUUCAUCUUUAACCUGUAUUCUGAGGAAGGAAAGGGAGUGUUUGACUGCCGGAAGAACGUCCUGGGACACAUGCAGCAGGGUGGUACCCCCACCCCCUUUGACAGGAAUUUUGGCACCAAAAUGGGAGCGAAGGCUGUCCUCUGGCUGACAGAGAAGCUGAAAGAAUGCUACAGACAUGGUCGUAUCUUUGCCAACACGCCACAAUCGGCGUGUGUGCUGGGCAUGAGGAAAAGGGCCUUGGUAUUCCAGCCUCUUGCAGAGCUGAAGGAGCAGACAGACUUUGAACACCGCAUCCCGAAGACAGAGUGGUGGCUGAAGCUGAGGCCCAUUCUGAAGAUCUUAGCCAAGUACAAAAUCAACCUGGAUACCUCUGAAAAGGCUGCCUUGGAGCAUGUGAUCAAGAAGCGAGGGCUUGUGUAACGGCCAACCUGGAGCAAAACAGAGCCGAGGAUGUCCUCCUGAAAUCAAUUUCAGGAGCCAAAAACUGUAGUGCUCAGUGGUUACAAGCUACUUCCUUUCGGCAAAUGUCAAUAGUAUCAUGAUUUAGUUAAGUUACUAAAAUUGUCUCUGGUCUUAGUGAUGUUAAGCCUGAUUCAUAUUUCACUUGUCCACAUGCCGUGAUGGUCCACAUCCAAUCUGCACAGUCUGCACAAAAAUUUUGGGCCUGCCGUCUGCACAUAUGCGAGUAAUUGAUAGUGCAUGACUAGGUGUUUCCAGUAGGUGGCAGCACUGAGUUUCACAAAGCAGUGGUCAGUGACGACCAAGUGAAAGCAGAAUAAUUGUACUUAUGGGUGCUUUCGAUUAGCUGCUGUGUGAGAAGGUGUGGAGGUACUUGCAUAUAGGUAUAUUAUAAAUAACUCAUCAUUAAAGGUAUGAGUAAGUAUAAGCUUCAUUCUAACUAAGAAGACUGCUGCCCUCUGCUGGUGUAGUGGACACGUGCUAACCACAACCAUCUGUGUACAUUGACAAAUGCAGGGUAUGCAAAUGUCUACAAUGACCAUAAAGACCACAGUGGCACACAGUCAAGUUUAGUAUGAAAUAGGCUCCGAUGUUAAAGCCUUUGAUGGUUUUCAGAGCUAUAACUCAAUACCCAACAGGAAACACCUGUAAAAUCAGUCUAAUGUCCUCCCUUCACAAGGUAUGAGAACUGUAUGUAAAAUGUAAGGCAUCUCUGUUUAAUCUCAAAUGUCAGAAAUCCAAUGAGCUGAGCCUGCUUUCUUCCUUAGUCUCAUAUACAUUUUAAUGUCUUUCUGUGGUACUUGUACUCUCCUGUCCUCUUCCUGGCCAUUAUGCUAUGCUUUCCCCUUCAGUGCUCUCUCUUAUACUCUGGUCCUGGACUUUUGACCUCCUGUUGUAGUCUUUCCUGCUUCAUUCAUGUUGAUCCAGCCAUCUUCUUAAAAUCUUUGCAAUUUUGUAAUUCCUAUCUGUGUAAGAGACUCAAAAGAGCCGUUAAAUCAGGAUGAAACCUCUCUGCUUACAUUGACACAAUAAAAGACUAGUAGACAAUGA